GUGAGUGAGUGAGUGAGUGUGUGUGGUCAAAGACACUAGUGAUGUUUCCAUGCAGGCGGUGCUCAGGCGCACCUUUCCCUCAGCUUGGCUAACUGGCUAACACGCCCUAUGUUGCCAUUCCACCUGCUUCUUCUUUAGUGGUGUUUGCCUACCGAACACACGCAGUCAUCCGGGUGAUACUUUGUGCCUUAAAAUCUCUUGGGAAUCUUUCGUUUUUUUUUUCGGGUUUCGUUUGGCACUAGCCGGGCAGCAGGACUCCCCCUCUUCCGCCAACUACGCACAGGUCUUGGCCGUUACUUUGCACUCAUAAUCAAAAUCUUGUGAGGUUAUUGGUGUGAAUGGCGUUGGAAUGCUGCAGGAUUUUCAUCCGACCUUUAAUCAAGAGGCAAAUGUGCAGCCAGACCACUAAACCGCAUGCUUUCUGAACGCAUUGCUGCUCUACAAUGCCUUUGAGGCUAAAAUGUCUACAAUAAAGCAUGUUGUCCUGAAGGACAAUCAGCAGGAUGCUGAGAGAAAGAUGGACUGGGGUUACAUUGAAUGGGUGGAAAAUGAAGUUGUCCCAUCAGGUGUGGUAAAUGCAGAGACACAAACAGACGGCGGCGGGCCUUCUGAACACAAGGAGUGUCAAACCAGCAACCCGGUGAUAAUGCACAUCGAACUUACACGGACACACUCCAAAUUGAGGCAUUCACCCUUGCUUGAUAAUGAUGGAAUGGUAGCGCCUUUCUUCCAGUUUGACCGGCAGGCUCCCGGUCGCAUCUCCACCUCUCCUACCUUGAGGAGGAUUAGGAGCACCCGGCGUCCCGUGUUGGACUGCUGGGAUCCUGCUGGGAUGGGGAGCACACAGGAAGACCCCUCAAAACCAAUCUCGUCAUCACCUUUACACAGAGUAAAGUCUCCUCUUGCCAUGAGCCCCCUCUUCUCCGAUUGGGCGAUCUGUCAUGAACAUCCGCCAAUUUCAUCCUGUGGCCGAGAGAGAACCAGAUCACAUAGAUCAAAGACGUUUGACAAUGGUACCGCUUCCAUAAAGCCAGAAUGUCGCAGUGCUCAUCCUACGAUUAUGAAAGAGUUUGGAUUUCCUGAUGGUGAAUUACAGGAGCGGGAGCAUCGUCCUAACAGUCUACAGGAAAGAAGGCGGAGCUCUGUAGUGGUCAGCUUGCCUGGGUUGGAUGUUUCGCCAGGUGACUUGUUUGUAUCCAAUGGAGCAGCUGAUAUGUUAAACAACUCUAACUUCUCUGACACAAAGAAGUCGAAGUGGCCUUUUUCAAGGCGUAGCACGACUAAAGGGAAGUCUCAAAACGGCACGGUGUCAGAUAUUGAAAAAUAUCUCACCACAGCACAAAUUCAGGACUGGAGAAACUGUGACCUUCAUAAGUAUAAGGACUACUCCCUAGCAGAGUUCUUGCAGGACCAGUCCUCCCAGUGGAGCUGCACCUCUGACUCUAUGGCUUCCAAGAGACAAGAGGCCAUCUGGGAGCUCUUCACAAGCGAGUGUGUUUACUUCCUGAAUCAGCUCAUGGUUCUCAAAGAGGUGUUUUUGGCAACACUCUCAAACCUUCAGAUGAGGAAGUGCUUGGCUGAUAUUGACUCCUGGGGACUGUUUGCAAAUCUCAGUGAGCUUUGCUUGGUGAGCUUUGGUUUCUUGAGUGACCUCUUGCGUGCUAUGAAGAACCCGUUGGACAUCACCGGUAGUGGCGGGUCCACUUUGGUGCAACUACUGAGCAACGCUUUUCAGGAGAGCAUAUGCCACUGCCUGCAGAAGUACUGCCUAAACUACUCUACAGCUUUGAUUUAUCUGGACAGCCUGAGGCCCAGAGAGGACUUUGGAUCUUAUGUCAAGUGGUGUGAACGACAUGAGCAGUGUCGCCGGCUACAACUGCGCGACUUACUGGUGGCACCGUUGCAGAGGCUUACCCGGUACCCGCUGCUACUACGCAACAUCGCAAGACGGUUUCAGACGGAAGAGAAAGGAAGGGAUGAUGUGCAGGCUGUAGCGGAGCAAGUAGACAUGUCUAUAUGUGACCUGGAAGGAAAGGUAAAGUGGUUAGACAACUAUCAGAAAGUCAAACAGCUGAGAGACGCUCUGGUGUGGCUUCCUGUGUGGGAGCGAGACAAACGAGCCAUUAUCCCAGAGAACCUCAAACAUCUGCUGAAGGAUGUCACCCUUGAGAAUCUGAUUUCUCACAGAAGUCUGCUGCAUGACGGCAAACUGGUGCGCGCAGAGAACUCAAAGCUCAUCGACGUCUAUCUGUUCCUCUUCGAUGAGUUCCUGCUCAUCACCAAGCUAAAGAGGAACAAGAAGAGGUCCAUCGGUCCAGAACAGAAUCCCCUGAGGCUGCCACAGAACCUGGAACUGGAUCAGCUGCUGAAGGAAGGAUGCACCUUCACGGUUCUUGACCAGCCCGUUUCUUUGGACCGUCUCCAGCUCAGGAACAUUGAUCAGCUCAAUGCAUCAACGUCAGGGCUUCCUCAUUCCUUCAUAAUAAUGCACCGGAACCGCUACCAGCAGUGCAUCGGUGCUUUCAUCCUACAGGCUAGCUCAGAGGCUUCCAAGAGAGCGUGGAUUUCCAAGAUCGAGGACGCCGUGUCGACCCUGCUGAAGCUGGACUCUCAGCAGCUUCGAGCCAACAGCGCCCCGCUGUGGUUGGAGUCUUCACAGAUCUGACGCGUCCUCCUACACGACUUAACCGUCCUCACAGGUCUCGCCAAUGACGUCACUCCACUAGCUUCCCGUACACUACACGCCUAGUUGUCAUUGAAGGGCUCUGCUACUCCUCUAGUGCACUAUAAAAGUUUCAAUCCAUCAAUAUUAAAGAUCUGUAAUAAUGCUGGCAACACAUUCUGCCUAUAGCUUCUAUAUUUAUAACAGUCACGUGACUUUAGUUCUGCUCUACAAAUAGCAAUACAAAGAACGUCCACUAAAAGCUCAGAAAAACCAUCCAUCCAUCCAUUUUCUAUCACUUGUCCCUCUCGGUGUUGUGGUUGGGUGCUGGAGCCUAUCCCAGCUGGCGGGGUACACCCUGGACAAGUCGCCACCUCAUCGCAGGGCCAACACAGACAACAUUCACACACUCGGCACUGGAGAUGUCCGAAAAUGGCUUUUUGCCGAUAUUGUCCAACUCUUAAUUACCGAUAUCAACCGAUACCGAUAUAUACAGUCGUGGAAUUAACACAUUAUUAUGCCUAAUUUGGACAACCAGGUAUGGUGAAGAUAAUGUCCUUUUUUUUAAAAGAUAAUAAAAUAAGAUGAAUUAAAAACAUUUUCUUGAAUAAAAAAGAAAGUAAAACAAUAUAAAAACAGUUCCAUAGAAACUAGUAAUUAAUGAAAAUGAGUAAAAUUAACUGUUAAAGGUUAGUACUAUUAGUGGACCAGCAGCACGCACAAUCAUGUGUGCUUACGGACUGUAUCCCUUGCAGACUGUAUUGUUAUAUAUUGAUAUAUAAUGUAGGAACCAGAAUAUUAUUAGCAGAAAAAAAAACAACCCUUUUGUUGUGUGAAUGAGUGUGAAUGGGGGAGGGAGGUUUCUUGGGUUGGUGCACUAAUUGUAAGUGUAUCUUGUGUUUUUUAUGUUGAUUUAAUAAACAUAAAAUUAAAAAAAUGAUAUCGAUAAUAAAAAAAACGAUACAGAUAAUUUCCGAUAUUACAUUUUAAAGCAUUUAUCGGCCGAUAAUACCAUUUAGUAAUGUUACCACAAACACUUCAAUGGGCAAAUGUGAUCCCAUUAUCCAUUUUCUACCACGUGUCCCUUUCGGGGUCGCGGGGGUGCUGGAGCCUAUCCCAGCUGCAUUCGGGCGGAAGGCGGGGUACACCCUGGACAAGUCGCCACCUCAUCGUAGGGCCAACACAGAUAGACAGACAACAUUCACACUCACAUUCACACACUAGGCCAGUGGUUCUUAACCUUGUUGGAGGUACCGAACCCCACCAGUUUCAUACGCGCAUUCACCGAACCCUUCUUUAGUGAAAAAAAAAAGUUUUGUUUUUUUUUCAAAUUCAAGAAAACGUUAUGUUUUUUUACUGGUGCACAAAAUGAACCGUGCAUGAACAUCACCUUGUUCAAAGAACAAAACCAACACAGUGCAUGAACUCACAACAAAUUACACACCUUACACACAUUACCAUGAAUUGAUUAAAAUGGGACAAGUUGAAAAACGUAUUCAGGCGUUGCCAUUUAGUGGUCAAUUGUACGGAAUAUGUACUGUACUGUGUAAACUGUACUGUUUCAUAUCAUGUAUUCUCUUCCUUUGCAAUCUGCUAGUAAAAGUUUAAAUCAAUCAAUCAAAAAACCUGCAAAUCAGAUGGUAAAUUAGAGGGAACAUUGUUUGGGGGUAUCCAUAAUACGCUGAUAAGGAGAAGUUUUUAUUUACACGAUAAGUAAGAUGUGUCUUUACCUCCGUGGCGGAGGCUCCGCCGAACCCCUGAGGCCGACUCACCGAACCCCUAGGGUUCGAUCGAACCCAGGUUAAGAACCACUGCACUAGGGCCAAUUUAGUGUUGCCAAUCAACCUAUCCCCAGGUGCAUGUCUUUGGAGGUGGGAGGAAGCCGGAGUACCCGGAGGGAACCCACGCAGUCACGGGGAGAACAUGCAAACUCCACACAGAAAGACCCCGAGUUUAGGGAUCGAACCCAGGACCUUCGUAUUGUGAGGCACAUGCACUAACCCGUUGCAUUAAUUCCUGUGAUAUUUGCAUAUUGCAAAAAAGUCACAGCACAAAACGUGUAAACAUACUGAAUGUUUUAUUUAGUUUGUAGUGAUGAAUUAGAAAAUGAACCAAUUCAAGUGAGCAUGGAUGACAUGUACAGUAGUAACAUAACAUAACAUAACAUAACAGUGCAUGAAGGCACACACCGAAUAGGACCACUGCCAGCAUGACACUACUUUAUGCCAGUUAUCGUGCUCAAUAGUGGACACAAACCAAAAAGAACAUUCAGUGACAUGUGGUUUGUCAUGCUGUAAAAAAAAAUGUGAACGUGUUACAUCCUUUUAUCUUGUUAAAACAUGUCAAGGUAAUUAUGUCAUCCAUGUUAUUCUAUGCGUCUAAUAUUGUUGGAAUCUAUAACCUCAGUGGUCCUACUGUACAUGAGAAGGUGGGCUCUGGAUGGGUCUUUUACUGCCAAUCUGAGGUAGACAUAAAUAAUACGAGAGGGUUUGUGAAGCUGAGAUGGACAUUCUUUAGUAAUUGUUUUUCUUUUUAUUGUUCCAGCCUGCUUCAGUGCUUAAACGACAGCACUAAGGAAGUAGUGACUAAAAACAAUAUUAGACUGCAGUCAUAAAUUAUAUAAACAAGCUGCAUGACAGACAAGUGAAAAUAAUUACUGCACCUGAAGGCAGCACUGACAUUCUGAAUGGCAAGUGGUCUUACAAUGUGCAUCAAGACGGUAGGCCAACAUUAAACACACACACCUAUAUACACGCACACAACCAAUUAUUGCUAUAAAGCACAACACGCACACACACGAUCCGGCAGUAGUGAAUGAGAAUUACCAAGCAGCAGAAAAUUAAUCCACAUGCAGGCACAUUUAAUGACUGCAUUACCAGUUUAAAAAAACACUACCUUCUUGAAAAAAAUGAAUGCACAGAAAUAGAGAAAAGAAAAAGAUCAUACAUGCUGUGCAUGGAUUAAAGAUGUGGAUUUGAAGGAAAACAUCUGAUAAAAUACUGAAACAUGAAAUGUUGCUUUCCUGUUGAGACAUUCUUUGGUCACGAUGUACAAUAAUUGUCAAAUAUUUUGUAUAUUCAGUCUGCCGGCCAAAGCAAGAUGCAGCAAGUGAUCUGACGACGU